AUGCUCGCGUCAUUGACCCUGAUGAAGCAGACUGACGUGCUACUUUGGUCUCCAAAAUCUACAGAAAAAUCCAGUGUCUUACCUACAAAGCUGAGUGAGAGACUGAAACGGGAAGGGUACGCGCCUUUUGAGAAUCAUCUUACCUGA